UACACAGGUUCCUAAGAAAUAUGGAGAAACGCAAUCAUACUGCAGUGACCCAGGUGACGGAAUUUAUUCUCAUGGGUAUCACUGACAACCCUGCACUGCAGGCACCUCUCUUUGGGAUCUUCUUGGUCAUAUACUUGGUCACAGUAAUGGGCAAUCUAGGCAUGGUCAUCUUGACCCAUUUGGACUCCAAACUACAUAAUCCCAUGUACUUUUUCCUUAGACAUUUGUCCAUUACUGAUCUCGGUUACUCCACUGUCAUUGGCCCUAAAAUGAUGGCAAAUUUUGUGGUGCCCAAAAAUACAAUUUCCUACAAUUGGUGUGCCAUUCAGCUAGCCUUGUUUGAGAUUUUCAUCAUCACUGAACUGUUCAUUCUGUCAGCAAUGGCUUAUGAUCGCUAUGUGGCCAUCUGCAAACCUCUCCUCUACCUGGUCAUCAUGGCAGAGAAAGUGCGUUGGGUGCUGGUACUCACUCCCUAUCUCUACAGCACAUUUGUGUCUUUGCUUCUCACAGUUAAGUUAUUCAGGCUGUCCUUCUGUGGCUCUAACAUCAUCAGUUAUUUUUAUUGUGACUGCCUCCCUCUGAUAUCCAUUCUCUGUUCGGACACACAUGAACUAGAACUGAUCAUUUUGAUCUUUUCAGGCUGUAAUUUGCUCUCUUCCCUCUUGGUUGUUCUUGUAUCUUACACAUUAAUUCUUGUGGCCAUUCUGAGAAUGAAGUCAACUGAGGGGAGGUACAAAGCCUUCUCCACCUGCAGCUCCCAUCUGACAGUGGUGGUCGUGUUCUAUGGGACAUUACUGUUUAUUUACCUGCAACCCAAGUCCAGCCAUACUUUUGAUAUUGAUAAAAUGGCCUCUGUGUUUUACACCCUUGUGAUCCCUAUGCUGAAUCCAUUGAUCUAUAGCCUAAGGAACAGAGAUGUGAAAGAGGCACUGAAGAGAACUUUAACUAAUUGGUGCAAAAUCUCCACUUAAUAUCUUAAGAUUAAGUUGCAAAGGUGGGUUUUUUUUUUAAUAUUCUAUCAGUCCAAUUGUAGCAUCAAAAGGUAGAAAUAUCUUAUCAGGCGAAUUUUCUUCCUCUGGAUAAAACACAUUUCCCCUUACAUCUCCAUGUACUUUUCUUCACUUUAAUCAGAUAAACAAAUAUAGUAGCCAGAUAACUUAAGUUCUAAAAUAUUUUUCAAGAUAUAGAAACAAAGUACAUCACACCAAAUUUUUGGUAGAACAUAAACUUGCAGAGGUAAAUAAAAAGUCUUAAAAUUAACCAGAAAAUUAGUAAUAUGUAUUUUAUAGUAGCCAUGUUGUAUUAAGAUAAAUGAGAUUGAAUGGUGAUGAAUGUGUAGGCAAGACAGAAGUCAAGAAAGUAAAUAAAUGUGUGAUUGCUUAUAAUACAGCAAGAACAAACUGUUUCAAGAAUGUAGGCUUAUUAAUCAUUGUCACCCCAAUGAAUUUAAUUAAAAAUAAAGACUCUACGCUAAAUAGAAAACAAAGCAUGCUACCUUGGAGUGAAAUUUUCGAAUCAGACUGAGUUAAUAUUUUUCACUUUUGGCAAAUGAGAUUUUUACAUGAGGAACCAUAAACAUAAUGCUGGCUGACUUGGGGCCCCAUGCGACAGGUCCUCAUAAUAUGGCUAACUCUGGUUUAUGAUAGCCUGAUAAACAAGCUGACUUUGCAUUGGCAAACUCAAGACCAAUGAGUUAAGUGGUCAUCUGCUGAAACCACAUCAAUAUUUUAAAAAAUCUAUAGACAACAAUGAUUGAAGAUAAGAUACAACCCAGGGUUAAUUGCAUUUUCGUUCCUGUCUAUUUUGUCUCUUUUACAAGCUUGUAUGCAAAGAGACAACAUUUUGGGUGGAUUUUGUGCUAACAUAAUGUUUCGUUCAAGUGUACACACUCAGCAAAUGUAUGAUUCCUUAUGUCUUAGUAUUCUCCUUGUUGUUUAAAUAAGCAUUUAAAAAAAAUUUUAAAUACAUACACUACCCCAAUCAUUUUUGUUUCAAUCUACCCUCAUAUACCAAGUAAAGAAUGUGAAGAAUUAAACCAGUACAUUAGCAGGUUUUUUUAAAUCUCUGAUCCAUGCAUUUUAUUUCCCCCAUGUUAAUAUACUAAAGUUUAUUUUAUAGUUUUAUUUUAAUAGUUGACCUUAAGUGUCCUUGUCUGACACACACACACAAAGAUGAACAAUAUGAGGUAAUGGAUGUGGUAAUUAGCUUGAUUAUUGUAAUCAUUUCCUAAUAUAUACAUAUAUCAA